AGAAAAACAUUCCUCGAGCGUCGCUGUGAUGUCGUGGUCGGAUGAGGCGUCUGCCAGCAAGAAGAACACAUUUUAAAAUGGACUAUUUGGCUGGAGAACGGGAAGAGAGCUGUGCCAGUUGUGAGUUUACAGCGGAGGUAAAGAGAAGAAAGUCACCCAGGCAGCAGUGGGAGCAGGACUUGUUCUCAGGAUAAAAAGCAGGAACAAGACGCGGAUGUGCAGAUACAGUACAGCAUCUGAUGCUGCCAUGAUUGCGAGGAGCUGGAGCAGUGUGGGAUACAGAGCACUCAGAGUGGGCGGGCCUUCUUCCACCUUUCAGCUCCUUCUUAUUCUCUUUGGUCACUUACUGGACGUCCAAGGUCAAGGAUCCCGUCUACGCCAGGAGGACUCCCCACCCCGGAUUGUGGAGCACCCCUCUGACCUGAUUGUCUCCAAAGGGGAACCCGCCACCCUCAACUGUAAAGCAGAGGGGCGGCCGACCCCGACAGUGGAGUGGUACAAGGACGGAGAGCGGGUGGAAACGGACAAGGAUGACCCACGUUCUCACCGCAUGCUGCUGCCCAGUGGCUCGCUCUUCUUUCUACGCAUUGUUCAUGGACGACGGAGCAAACCAGACGAGGGAGCCUACGUCUGCGUGGCACGGAACUACCUGGGAGAAGCUGUGAGCCGUAAUGCAUCUUUGGAAGUUGCAUUGCUGCGAGAUGACUUCAGACAAAACCCGACAGACGUGGUGGUGGCAGCAGGAGAGCCAGCCAUCCUGGAGUGUGUUCCUCCCAGAGGCCAUCCUGAACCCACCAUCUACUGGAAGAAAGACAAAGUGCGAAUUGAAGACAAGGAUGACAGGAUCACUAUUCGAGGAGGAAAGCUAAUGAUUUCCAACACAAGAAAGAGUGACGCUGGCAUGUACAUCUGUGUGGGUACCAACAUGGUCGGAGAAAGGGACAGUGAGACAGCACAAGUCACAGUAUUUGAGCGACCGACCUUCCUCCGCAGGCCCAUCAACCAGGUGGUCCUGGAAGAGGAGAGUGUUGAGUUCCGAUGCCAGGUACAAGGAGACCCUCAGCCAAAUGUACGCUGGAGGAAAGACGACGUUGACGUUCCUCGUGGGAGGUACGAUAUCAAGUAUGACAAGGACGACUAUGUGCUGAGAGUGAAGAAGGCUUCCGUUAACGACGAGGGCACGUUCACCUGUGUUGCAGAAAACCGCGUGGGCAAGUUGGAGGCGUCCGCCACUCUCACAGUCAGAGCUCGCCCUGUCGCUGCUCCUCAGUUUGUCAUCCGCCCAAGGGACCAAAUCGUGGCUCAAGGCCGCACUGCCACCUUCCCGUGUGAAACCAAAGGAAACCCUCAGCCUGCCGUCUUCUGGCAAAAGGAAGGCAGUCAGAAUUUGUUGUUUCCAAACCAACCCCAGCAGCCCAACAGUCGCUUCUCUGUGUCGCCCAGCGGAGACCUCACCAUCUCAUCUGUGCAGCGGGCAGAUGCUGGUUACUAUAUCUGCCAGGCCCUGACCGUUGCAGGCAGUAUCCUCGCCAAGGCUCAACUGGAGGUCACAGAUGUACUCACAGACAGGCCGCCACCCAUCAUCCGCCAAGGUCCGUCCAAUCAGACGCUGGCGGUGGACAGUGUGGCUCUGUUGAAGUGCCAGGCGUCAGGAGACCCCAUCCCCUCCAUCAGCUGGCUGAAGGAUGGUGUCAGUCUGCUGGGAAAGGACUCGCGCAUGUCUCUGCAGGAGCUGGGCAGCCUGCAGAUCAAAAGCAUCAAGCUUUCAGACUCUGGGAUCUACACAUGUGUGGCUACCAGCUCCAGUGGUGAAACAUCAUGGAGUGCUUUCUUGGAAGUCAAAGAAUCAGGUAGUGUGUUGGUCGUGAAGAACCAUGAUGAGAAUGAGCUACCAGGGCCUCCAUCUAAACCUCAGGUCACUGAUGUCACCAAGAACAGUGUGUCCUUAUCCUGGCAGCCUGGGAUGGUUGGAGCAUCACCUGUCUCCUCUUUCGUCAUUGAAGCAUUCAGUCAGUCCGUGAGCAACAGCUGGCAAACAGUGGCUGAUCAUAUCAAAACAACCCAGUUUACCGUCAAAGGUCUGCGUCCCAACACAAUCUAUCUGUUCAUGGUGCGAGCCGUCAACAACCAGGGCCUGAGCGAUCCAAGCCCCAUGUCUGAACCUGUCAGAACACAAGAUAUAAGUCCUCCAGCUCAGGGUGUUGACCACAGGCACGUGCAGAAGGAACUCGGAGAAGUGAUAGUUCGCUUGCACAACCCUGUUGUCUUGAGUCCCACAACUAUUCAGGUCACAUGGACGGUGGAUCGGCAGUCCCAGUUCAUCCAGGGUUACAGAGUUCUGUACAGGCAGACCUCCGGACUCCCCUCACCAGGACCCUGGCAGAUGCAGGAUGUUAAGGUCCCUUCUGAACGCAGUGUUGUCCUGUCCUCGCUGAAAAAGGGCAUUGUGUAUGAGAUCAAAGUUCGCCCUUAUUUCAACGAGUUCCAAGGCAUGGACAGUGAAUCAAGAACAUCUCGCACAACUGAAGAAGCUCCAAGUGCCCCUCCUCAGCAGGUAACAGUCCUGACUGUGGGAAACCAGAACAGCACUUCAAUUAGCAUUUCCUGGGACCCUCCUCCACCAGACCACCAGAACGGCAUUAUCCAGGAGUACAAGAUCUGGUGUCUGGGGAAUGAGACACGUUUCCAUGUAAAUAAGACAGUGGAUGCAGCCAUACGUUCAGUGGUGGUGGGCGGGCUGCAGGUAGGCGUGGUGUACCGGGUGGAGGUGGCUGCAAGCACAAGUGCCGGGGUUGGAGUCAAGAGUGAACCUCAGUCUAUUAUCAUCGGUAAGGAGUUCCGGGACGUGAUUAUACAUGGGAACCGGAACAACAGCAUCACAGAGCAGAUUACUGAUGUGGUGAAACAGCCUGCUUUUAUUGCCGGUAUUGGUGGGGCCUGCUGGGUCAUCCUCAUGGGCUUCAGCAUCUGGCUCUACUGGAGAAGAAAGAAGAGAAAGGGUCUGAGCAACUACGCAGUUCAGUCCUUCACCUUCACCCCUGCAGUGACAUUCCAGAGGGUCGAUGGUGGUCUGAUGAGCAAUGGAAGCCGGCCGGGCCUGCUUAAUUCCAGUGACCCAGGUUACCCCUGGUUAGCGGACUCUUGGCCGGCCACCAGCCUGCCUGUCAACAGCAGUUCCGGGGGACCAAAUGACCUGAGUAACUUCAGCCGAGGAGAUCUCCCCUCUGGUCAAGGGGAUAAAACAGGCACCAUGCUAUCUGAUGGAGCCAUCUACAGCAGCAUAGACUUCACCACCAAAGCCAACUACAACAGCCCUGGUCAGACAUCCCAAGCCACUCCCUACGCCACCACCCAGAUUCUCCACUCCAGCAGUAUCCACGAACUGGCUGUGGAUCUGCCCGAGGCUCAGUGGAAGGCCUCACUCCAGGCCAAGCAGGAGAUGGCCAGCUUGGGCUACUCCCUGCCUGACAAGAACUCAUGCAACAACACCCUCCUUUUCAUUCCUGACUACCGAUUGGCCGAUGGAUUGUCUAAUAGAAUCCCACACAACCAAUCACAAGAUUUCAGCACCACCAGCUCUCACAACAGCUCAGAGCGAAGCGGCAGUCUCUCAGGUGGAAAGGGAGGGAAGAAGAAGAAGACCAAGGCUGGCUCUAAACCCAGUAAAGCUAAUGGGUCCAACUGGGCCAAUGUUCCCCUGCCCCCUCCUCCUAUUCACCCCCUCCCUGGCACUGAGAUGGACCAUUAUCCCAAUGAGCUUCAUGAAGGAGCAGGGUAUGAGAGUGAUGGUUGGGGCCCGCCCAUGCCUGUGCAGACUUAUCUCCACCAAGGUAUGGAGGACGAGCUGGAGGAAGAGGAGGAGAGGGUUCCCACUCCACCCAUCCGAGGGGUUGCCUCCUCCCCCGCUGCCGUUUCCUUUGGACAACAGUCCACCGCCACCCUUACCCCUUCUCCCAGAGAUGAAAUGCAGCCCAUGCUCCAGGCUCAUUUGGAUGAACUAACCAGAGCAUACCAACUGGACAUGGCAAAGCAGACAUGGCACAUGCAGGUUGGCUCCCUUCCUCCCCAGGCUCCAGCUCCUCCAGUGGGCUACGUGUCUAGCACAAUGGUUUCUGACCUGGAGACUGACCUGCCGGAUGAGGAGGAGGAGGAGGAGGAAGAAGAGGAGGAUGAAGGCUAUGGAGCCAGGCAUCCCCGUGGGAUUGAGCACACGCCAGGGUCUAGCAUGGACAACCUGGACAGCUCUUUAACAGGGUCCAUGGUGAAUGGGUGGGGCUCAGCCUCGGAGGACGACCGUAAUUUCUCCAGCCACAGGUCCAGUUUGGGCAGUUCGUCCGAUGGCUCCAUCUUUACUCAAUGCAGUUUUGCCCAGGCCCUGGUGGCAGCGGCAGACAAGGCGGGAUACCGCCUGGAUGGCACAAGUCUCAGCAAGAGAGGUAAAGGCUUGUCUCACAGGCCCCGGCCCGGCAGCCCAUUCUCAACAGAUGGCAGCACAGUCGGCACACACAGCCUGGGCCACCAGAGGGCCACCAGGCCCACACGCAAACCCCGAAGCCAGGGCACAGCACCCCACCGGAGAGAUCCUGGUGCAGACGACCUACCUCCUCCUCCUGAGCCUCCUCCCAGUCAGGGGCAGGGCCGUAUCCAGGGGGCCCGCAGCAUAAGCAGCAUGGCACCCCCCACAGAUAGAAAGGCUUCAUCUCUGGAGCGCCCGCCUAUAUCAGGGGUCCUGCCUGAUGACAUAAAGAACUCCGUGGACAGACAGACGCGCACCACUCUGGAUCAUCAUCGCCAGGCUCAAGACAGACUGGGCUCCAUGGAACGAGCUGAUGACGGACGCAGGGGACACAAAACAGAGGAGGGGUGCCUGCCAUACAGUAAACCAUCGUUCCCCUCCCCCGGGGGUCAGAGCUCCUCUGGCACAGCCUCCUCUAAGGGCUCGACGGGGCCACGCAAAACCGAGGGUCCACGACAGCCACAGCAGUGGACGGCUUCGGAGCACGCUGACUUCCUGGGGGCCAACGGACAGGGACAGUACUCGGGGGAGUUAUAGUGAUCUGCCGGGGGAUGUGAACUGGAAAACACGUUGGUCUUACCUCGGAGGAAAGACGCCCUUCCAGUGUGGGCAACGAACUUUGUCCUUCUCUGUGUGCCCUCAAAGGGAAGAGGAGCAGCAGAGGGCACGUCUGAGAAACGCAGUGUCACAGAACUGUAAAUGUGAUGUAUAGACACAGACAUACUGUACAUCUCACUAUGUUCUUUUGUCCUCAAGAAAAUAUUUUCCACCUCCUACCUUACUGUUAUUUUCUUUUUGUUAGAAAAAGGCAAGUAAAAAAAAAAAAGGAAAACAUCUAUAUGAGAACACAUUUUUCUGGUAACUGUCCUUGGGGGGAGGGGGGGAGGGGUGUA